AUUGAACCCCACCACACUCACAAGAAGUCUCCCAUAGUAGAAAUCACAAUACCCCUCUAUUAUACACUGUUCGAUGAUGUUAAGGUUUGGUUUUUGUUUUACAGAGAGAGAAAAAAACAUCUAAGAGAUAGGAAAUUACUGAGACAGACAACAUUGAAAGCCAAAACAAAAACGCCCGGUUUUGAAUAAUAACCUUAAUCUCUCCGAGAUCCCAUUUCAACUUCCAUCAAUUGACUCAUACCAAACAUCACAUAGUUUUCUCCUCAAAAGUCAUCAUUUUUUUCAUCUGGGUCAACUUUGUUUAACAACUCACAUGCUCACAUAGCUAAAAGCUUCAAUUUUUUGAAGGUUUCGUAGGAUUUAAUCAUCUGGGUCGUUGUGAUUUCCUUCGAUUGAUGAGAUAAUCAUCUGGGUUUCUCUCUGAUUGCAUAAAGGAAGUUUUUUUUUUUUUUAUUGAAGGGGUUUUGUUUUUUGAUGAGAUAUGGAUGAGCAUGUAGCAGCUUUGCACACUGCUACUAACGCUUUGCAGGCAUUAGGAAGGGGUUUUGAUGUUAAUUUUGAUACUAGGUUGCUUUAUUGUAAAGGGGUUUCAGGUUCUAGGGUGGUUGAGAUUGAUGAACAGUAUCAGAGGGAUUUGUGUUUGUAUGAUGAUGUUGUUGUUCCUAAUGUUUCAAGGGAUAUUAGAGUCUUUUAUGAAUCUAUGGGAAGGCAGAGUUCUGGUGUCUGCAGUUUUCAAGAGAUGGUAGAUUAUUUUAAUCAUAAGGCAGAUAUACCCGGGAGCAAUCCUCUUGGGAGCUUCAAUUCGGCAUUUAGCUUUACUGGUUCAAAGCAUGUUGAUGCUGCAGCUACAAAAACCUUGUCUUCAGACGGGUUUUACAUUCCCCUUGCAAAGGUUCAGCUUCCAAAAUCGAACUUAAAGUUGCAAGAAAAUGUCAAAAGGGCUAUCCCGGUCAAUUGGGAUCCACCUUCCUUGGCAAGCUUCAUUGAAACUUUUGGGACACAUGUCAUUACGUCAAUAACUAUCGGCGGUAAAGAUGUUAUAUACGUCAAGCAACACCAUACUUCUCCUUUUUCAAAGUUGGAGAUAAAAAACUAUAUUCAGGAUAUCGGAAAUCAAAGAUUCUCUGACAUCAAUAGCCACACAAGUUCAGGUCAAACAAAAUCCAAGGAUAAGGGCGUUGAACCGUUUUCAUUCAAUAGUCAAGGGAUUUACCCUCAACCUACAACUGCAACAUAUUCUACCGGGAAAGAAGAUGUCACAGUCAUAUUUAGAAGAAGAGGAGGUGAUGAUUUGGAACAAAACCACCGUGUAUGGUUAACAACCGUUAAAUCCUCUCCAGAUAUAAUAGAGAUGGCUUUCUGUCCUAUAACAGAUCUCCUUGAUGAUAUACCGGCCAAGGAGCAUUUGACCCGUACAAUUGGUCUUUAUCUUGAAUAUAAACCUCCAAUUGAAGAACUUCGAUACUUCCUAGAGUUUCAGAUUCCUCGUGUUUGGGCUCCUUUACAUGACAGGAUCGCCGGUCAACAACGGAAGGAACCUGUUUGCCCGUCUUUACAGUUCAGCAUAAUGGGCCAAAAGCUUUAUGUCAGUCAAGAACAGAUUACAGUUGGACGAAGACCAGUAACCGGCUUACGUCUUUGUCUCGAAGGAAGCAAACAGAAUCGGCUGAGUGUGCAUAUUCAACACUUGGUAUCCCUUCCAAAGAUCCUUCAGCCAUAUUGGGACAGCCAUGUAGCUAUCGGUGCUCCGAAGUGGCAGGGACCCGAGGAACAAGAUAGCCGGUGGUUUGAACCGGUUAAGUGGAAGAAUUUUUCUCAUGUCAGCACCGCGCCUAUCGAGAAUCCCGAAACCUUCAUCGGAGACUUCUCCGGCGUCUGCAUAGUCACAGGAGCUCAGCUUGGAGUAUGGGAUUUCGGAUCACGGAACGUCCUUUACAUAAAGCUCUUAUAUUCAAGGCUACCCGGUUGCACCAUCCGAAGAUCACUCUGGGAUCACGUACCAAACAAGCCGCAAAAAUCUGCGACCACCGGAAACUCUUCCAAUGCGGCCAACACAACAAGCUCAGGCUUGAGAGAAAACAACAACAACGCCACAACAAACAAGUUAGCGAAGUAUGUCGAUUUGUCCGAAAUGAGCAAAGGACCGGAAGAUCCUCCCGGUCAUUGGUUAGUCACGGGCGGAAAGCUCGGUGUCGAAAAAGGGAAAAUCGUUUUGCGAUUGAAAUACUCAUUGCUUAAUUACUGAAUAAACCAGAGCAAUGUUUUAGAUAAGUAUAGUUUAGAUUUCUCUUGUGGUUAAUGUGAAAACCAUUUUGCAAUUUGAUGAAAUGAGUUGAAUAGGAAACUUUUAUAUGGUGAUGUUGAUAUCUCAUAGGUGUUACUUAGAACCAUUUUCCAACCAUGCUAAGUUAAAGUAAUGUUUAUAUUGUUAUAGUAUUGAGAAUACAAAAAGACAUUUUAUUUCUUUUC